AACUGCACUAACUUGGCUUCCGGUUAGAGGCAGUCAGCGGAUCCUUGGGCCGUGGGGCAGCCACAGGUCAGUCAGGCCACCAGGGCGGCUCUCGGGUCAGGGAGGCCCCUGCAAGCCCUUUGGUCGGGCAGAGGCCAAAUUUGGAUCCGUCAGACGGCGAGAGUAAGCAUAGUCAGGGAGUUUGCCAGGAGCCGGGGCCGGGUUCCUCGGCCUCCGCCACAUCAGUCACCUGGUCAGCCUGAGGGCAACCGGGGCGUCACCUGUCUACCAAUAAGUUACCCAUCACCUCGCUCCUUCUGAGCAAUACGGUUCUGAUGUCAAAGCCAGCACAGUAAAGAGCCUCUACUGUUCCCGAGAACUGCUGCUGCUGCAAAUGAUGCUUCCACUGCUACGGCUGGGAAAGAGUUCUUUGACUUCCCAGGCCUUCAUGAAAGGGCUGAUCCAGAGUGCUAUCUAUGCAGGAAUCGUAAUUGCGCUGCUCUUCCUCUGCCUCCUCCCUCUCAUAGUGAAACAUAUCAGAAAGAAGCAGGUGAAGAAAACUGCAGCAAUCAAAGCGAAAAAGAGCUCUAAAGUCAGAGCAAGCCAAGAACUCAAGACGUCUCUGAAGCCUGAGGAACCGGGAAAACCCACAGUCGCCACAUUUUCUGAAAGCCGGAUAUUGGAAAAGCAAGAUAAACGAGCCAGCUAAGCCUGUGGAAUGUGCAUCAGACCUGGAGUCACCAUUAUCCCUGGAGUUACAAAAGCCUGCAAAAUGUAUAGAGCCCACAGAAACCAUGGAGGCUAUAAUAAACCCGGAUCCCCCUGGACUCUCCUCGGCUCACAAAGCCCUCUCGGUUCCCACAUAUCCCUCACACUCAUUCUCCAUCGAAUAGGGGGUUACUCUUAGACCUAGUCUUAGAACCUCUGAAGGCAAACUUUAUAAUUUCUUGUUUGGCUAAACCAGAAGAAAUCUGCUCCACCCUGGGAAGGUGUCAAAAGAAGGAAAAAUACAUGUGGCAGUAUAAAUCAAGUCCAUCAGCGAGUUGCUUUUAAGCCCCUCCUGUGUGCCCAGUACCUGAGGUACACCUGCAAAAGCACCAGGCUUUGAAUCCAUCAUAUCUGGAUAGAAUCCCAACUUCAGCACUUGGUGGCUGUAUAUCUUUGGGCAUGAUCUUUCGUUCCCCCACCCUUGAACAUCACAUGACCCAUAUCUGGAUGGAGAGUGGCUGAAAAGCAGUGUUCAGAGAUGCAGAUGAGAAAAAACAUGACAACGGGCCCUGAACGCCAAGAUUCAUUGGAGCUUUGGAGCUUUAUCUCAUAGGACCUUAUCCUGACUCCCUUAGAAUGUAAGUUCUAAGAGAACAGGGAUUUUGUCUGCCUUGCUUUCCACUUUUAUCAGCAGCGCCUAGAAUGAUACCUAAAAUACAAUAAGAUCUCAAGAA